CUAGUAGCAUAAGCAUUCUUUAUCACUGUUCCAGGUCAUUCCUGAAGAUUCAUUGUGAAUAGAAAUGUCUCGUGUUUGUCACUUCUAUGUUAUCGCUAUGGCACACUCAGCUGACCAACAAGUGACAGCCGUGACCUACUUAUUCAAAGCUUUUGAGAUAAGAGGAAACUGCUGGAUGUCAGUGUGGGUGGAUGGGUGUGCAGGUGUGUUUUUUAUAGUAAAAGGACAUAGUGUGUCAUCACACCUCUUUAAGACACUGUACCCCACACACACAGUAUCUGUGGAGGAUCACUCAUACUAGACUUGGGGGGUGCGUGUCUUCACAGGAGACUCCCAGCCAAUGGACGUGUGCUCGGUCCAUCACAACAACACAUUCUUGAGGUAUUCCGUCUCCCUGCUUGGAUACGGUUUCUACGGCGACGUGCUGGCAGACAGCRRGAGGAAACGYUGGAUGGKACCAGCCAGAUACGACUUUUCAGGUUUUAAGACGUUCCUGACACAUCACCACUAUGAAGGGGCUGUGUCUUUUCUACCAGAAACUGACACACUGGRAACACCGCGAGACAAGACCAGGUGUAGAGCUGGGUGCUUCAUAUACCAGCACAACGGGCAGCUGUAUUCAGGGGAUUCCCCAGAGGAAUCCAAGACUGCUCCAGAUGUCUCAGACAGAGAAUAUGAAGUGGGGUGGGGGGUGGUCAGAGGGAAGUUCCUGGCCAUCAACGCAGCCAGUAUGAGCUGUGCCUGUCCCCCGCCGCCCACGUCGCUGACGGCACCACCGACCUCAUCCUCGUACGCAAGUGCUCCCGAUUCAACUUCCUUCGCCACCUGCUACGCCAUACCAGCAAAGACGACCAGAGGUGCACCGUGUGCGGCGCUUCCGCUUCACGCCGCGCCACUGCCAAAACGACUCGGAGCUGGACCUGAGGGAGAACGGCAAGCAGCUCUUCAGCCAGAUCUGCCGGGACCACCCGGCUUGCAGCUCAAGCCCUGCCAUUAUAGCACUGAACUGUGA